CUUCUAGACCCUCUUGUUACCUUGAUAUUCAGUAACACAUGGAAUCUGGUUGUGUGGUUUUUAACGCCCUUACUACAGAGAGUGAUUUCACGAAGAACCAGGGACUGUUGUGCAAACUCUCCCCAACGGCUCGAUCAACCUCCUUGUCGUCUGAUAUAAACGAGUUCGCUCCCGCCUCCCACAAGAGGCUGAGCAAGAUUCAGCUGCAGCCACCAUCCCGAGGAGCAGCACGAGCGGAGCCACCAAGAACCAGAGCAGGAGCACGCGAUUCGCCGUCGCCAUGGCCGGCUGCUGCGUCUUCCUGCGGUGGCCGUCGGCGUCGCCGUCCCGCAUCGGCUACCGCUCGCUCGACGACGAGGCGCCGGCGACGGUCACGGUCGUGGUCGGGAAGGAGCGGCGGGCGUUCUCGGUGGACCAGCUCGUGCUCGACUCCUACCCGUUCCGGGUGCUCCUGGAGACGGUGGCGCGGAAGGAGGAGCGCCGGGGCGGGGCCAUCUUCGUCGACGUCGACGCCAUCCUCUUCGAGCACAUCCUGUGGCUCGCCUGCGACGGCCGCUCCGUCUCGCAGAUCCUCCAGCUCGACCUCAAGGAGAUCAUCGACUUCUACGCCCAGGACGCCUGAUUCUCUUGUCCGGCGGCCGGCCGGCCUGCCCGUGCGGCCGUGCCCGUCCUUGGGGUGCGGCUCCUGAUUUCUUGAUCAGAUUUUUUUAUUCAUUUUGUUCUUCUUCAUCUUAUAUGCUAAUUAAUAUGCAUAUUGAUGAACUUAUGUUACAAUGAUACUGUUGGAAAUACUGAAGUAUAAACACAUGGCCGGUAACCAUUUCUGACUUGACUGCCGUGCACUUGUUUGGUUA